AUGCCUCCCUAUGAAGCCCCCCAUGCGGUUCAAGCCCCUCGUUACACCGAAGGUGAAGCAUCUACCGGCAAUUGUUCGGAAGUCCUGGGACUUGUCGUUACGGUGACCGCCCUAUCGGUUCUCUGCGUGCUCGCCCUUCUCACUGCCACCAUCCAAUGGAGGCGAUUUCUGACGGCCCGCGAAUCCCAGCAGGAGCUCGCAGACUCAUUGAACGGGGUGUUGCAAGCGUUCUCCAAAUUGAAGGAGAAGCACGAGGCGCAGUCCAAAGAAGUUUUUCGUCUACAGAAGGUCGUCAAGCGAUUCAUGCCCAGCGCCCAGAGCAGCUGGUUCCCGCAGGCCACGACGGAGCGGGGUGCCACGGGAACUGCGCAUGUGUCAGAGGCUACGAAGCAUAAGCGGGAUGAUAACACGACGCCUCGUGCACCGCUGCCCCAGCACGAGGAAGUGUUUGUCGUCGGGUGCGACGAGGAAGAGGAGCAGGAGGAGGAGGAGGCGGCGGAGCAGAACACGGAACAUGAUGCGCGGGCUUGCGACUCGAGACCGGAUAGCAGUACGUUCGAGAAGGAUCCGUCCGCGCCGAGACUCGCAACGACGGCCAUCGUGCAUUCUGGCGCUCGGCUCCCAUCUGAAGAGCCCGCGAGUGCAAGGAUUUGA